CCGAUCGCGUCGAGUUUCGUGAGAAUUGGUUCAUUCUUAUCAAUCGUUGUCGCUCCAUAUGCGCGUCAAUCCGUUUGUUCAGUUGUAGUUUGUAUAGCUGGAAGAGUACGUACGUAGCCAUGUCGAAAGUUGUGGUGCUUAUUUUGGUGAUCGCGAGUGCACUGUGCGCCAAGGAGUGCUCCAACAAAUCACCCUUUCCGUUCCACGAACUGAAAGAUUCGAAUCACACGCGCCGAAUUUCCACCACGCUGGAAGCCGUCUUCAACUGGAAGAAUUCCAACUUCACCGUCCUGGAAGGGCACUCGUGCAGAAACGCAACCGAAACCCUGUACUGGUACCAUGUGAUCCUGCAGGACGAUACCCGGUCCGAAGUGUCCUACACCGAGUUCGUCAAUGGCAGGAAGCGGGGUCGGGUGGAUUAUCUCGUCCUCGACAAUGGCAAAUCGCAUUACGAGUAUCGAUGGAAGAUUGCACCAAUAAAGUGAGAUGUGAAGUGAAUUAGCCAACGCUGG